AUGUUGAGUAGUUUAUUUAUUUUAGCUGAUACAGGUGAUAUUAUUAUUGAAAAACACUGGAGAGGUAUCAUUAAUAGAUCGAUUUGUGAAUAUUUCUGGGAUCAAAAGAUUUCAGCGGAAAGCGAGGGUAGCAGUGUAGCACCGGUCAUAACCACACCGAAAUACUAUCUCGUCAAUAUAAAGAGAACAACGAUUUACUUUUUGGGUGUGUUGCAGAAUGAGUGUUCACCGUUGUUGGUAGUCGAUUUCCUACAGCGUAUCUACGAUGUGUUUAUCGAUUACUUUGGUCAGAACCUGAAUGAAUCGAUCAUCAGAGACAACUUUGUGCACGUCUAUCAGCUGAUCGAAGAGAUGGCUGACAAUGGUUUCCCGUUCACAACCGAACCAAACUUCCUCAAGGAAAUGAUCAAACCACCCAACGUUGUAUCGAAUCUCUUACAAGGUGUUACCGGUACUUCCAACAUCUCUGAUAAUCUACCAAAUGGAUCAUUAGGUGCAAUUCAAUGGCGUAAAACAGGUAUUAAAUAUACAUCUAAUGAAAUAUUCUUUGAUAUCAUUGAAGAGAUUGAUUGUAUUAUCGAUAGCAAUGGAUUUGUUGUAUCAUGUGAAGUCAAUGGAGAGAUUCAAGUCAACUGUAAACUUAGUGGAAUGCCAGACUUAACACUUACAUUUAAUAAUCCAAGAAUGUUGGACGAUGUCAGUUUUCAUCCAUGUGUCAGAUAUUCACGUUGGGAGAAUGACCGUGUAUUAAGUUUUAUCCCACCAGAUGGAUCUUUUAAAUUAAUGAAUUAUAGAAUUAAAGGUAUAAAUCAACUACCAAUAUAUGUAAAACCACAGAUUAGUUUUGGUGAGGGUGGAGGUCGUGUAAAUGUGUUGGUCGGUUCAAAGAACACCAAUAAUAAACCGGUUGAAAAUGUAUUUGUUACCAUUCCAUUCCCAAAGACUACGACAGCCGUCAACCUCACUUCCAACGUAGGUGGACACUUCACAGAAGAUAAAGUUUGUAAAUGGAACAUCGGAAAGAUUCCAAAAGAGAAAACUCCGAUGCUCUCUGGUAAUGUAGUACUAGCUGCAGGUCAGCCAUUGCCAGAGGCUAACCCAUCGAUUAUGGUACAAUUUAAGAUUGCAAUGUUUACUAUUUCUGGUUUAGGUGUUGACUCACUUGCAUGUAGUGAAAAAUAUAAACCAUUUAAGGGUGUAAGAAGUGUAACUCGUGCUGGAAAAUUCCAAGUUCGUGCUUAA